UGCCAUGGGUUCUUCAAUUGGCCUUCGACCACUACAGUACUUGCUCCUCCUAAACCUAGUAGGUCUCCCUUCGUUUUCCUGCUCCUCAUGUCAAAUACUCACCUUACGGUUCGAUAAGUGCGUUUAUUAUCAUCCGUCGCAGCUAAUACCAGUCGCAGCUCAUGCGACAGUCAAGGGAGCAUGCGACACCGCCAUGCGACAGUAGUAGCAUGCGAUGCCGGACGCAACGGCUAAUGCGCAUCGAUAUCGUGUUCGUAAAAGGGCUAAGAAUGCACAUUCUCACGAUCCCUACCACUACUGCAGGCGACAUGCCGCCGCACCUUGCGUCUCGUCGACACCGCGAAGCUUCCUUGCGGGGUCGGAUCCUCGUGCUAGUACUCGUUAUAGCGUUAACGGAGCUUCGUACGGAGAGUACGGGAAGCGCCGCGACAGGUUUAGGGGCGGAAGCUAGCGAGCACAGGAGUUUCCGUAAUGCGGAGAUCGCUAAUAUUAAUCAAGUUAAUAUGAACACGUCUUUUAGUCUGCUGGAGUACAAAAACGACAUACCAGGCUCUCACGAAUCAUUCGUCAGGCAAAUCCAACUCGCGAAGGCUGUGCUUUCGGAUGCUGCUGACUCGGUCGAUUCUCGCUCUGACUCUUAUCGAGACGCUGACUCUGAUCAAGACGCUGGUUAUAAUAAGAACGCUUACGCUAAUUCUUACCCUGAUCGAAACGCUUACUCUCAUCAAAUCUCUUACCCUGGUCAAAACGCGGAAUCUGACAAAAACGCUGACUUCGAUGGAACUGCUCGCACUUCCGAUCAUGGGACCGCAGUACCCAGUAUCGCGAAUAGCAGCACGAGCCUUGAUGGUCACGAUGCGAGUGUUCGGCUUGCAUCCAGGCGAGUGGUGAGGAGAGGCUUGCAAGCCGCGCAGGAGACAGUCUCGGAGGAUACAGUCGCGGGGGAUACAGUCGCGGGGGAUGCAGUCGCGGGGGAUACAGGCGCGGGGGAUACAGGCGCGCGGGGAGCAGGCUCGCGGGACGAUGGCGCUAGAAAGUUAGUGGCGGGGGGUGGUGGCGCGGGAACGGUCGCGAGAGGUGCGAACCAGAGCAAGGCGGAGCUGUCUCUCGGAUGCCUGUUCGCCUACGACCUGCCUGGCGGCGCCGACAUGCUCGCUGCCUCUGUGAUGGCAGUGGAGGAAAUCAACGGCGAUCCCAGCAUCCUGCCCAACCACGUGCUGCAUCUGACGGUGCAAAACUACUCCAUCGCCGAUCUCGCCAGUCAGCUCGCAGCAUUUGAGCUACUAAAGAACCACCCGGUGGCCGUGAUUGGUCCGCACACAUCUGAUCAGGCUGCCCGAUUCAGCCCGCUGGCAGCAGCAACCCAGGUGCCGUUCAUUUCCCCGUCAGCAACGGACGUGCAGCUCACGCUAGGCGCCCACCGCCCCUACUUCAUGCGCACUGUGGCCAGCGACGGCGUGCAGAUGACAGCCAUGGCAGCACUGAUCAAGCACUACAAGUGGAAGCAGGUGGCACUCAUUUACAGCGACGAUCGAUUCGGUCGGAACGGAGUUGCUGCCCUCAGCACACAGCUUCUCUCCAUUAAAGCAGAGGCGGAUGUGGUAGCGCGUGUGCCCAUCCCCCCAUCAGCCACACGUGACGGCGUGCAAGGGCUGAUGUCGUCUCUGCUUCUGCUGGACGUGGCAGUCUAUGUGCUGCACGCUUCCCCUGACGCAUACACAGCCGCUGUCGAAGCAGCCCAAAGGCUGAGUCUUCUAAGGAGGAGCAGCGUCUGGAUUUCCUCCGAAGCAGCGGCCGUCAUCAGUGCAUCGACAGGCCAGAGAGUGGAUGGCCUCAUCUUCACAGCCACGUACGUGCCUCCUUCCGCUCGACUCACAUCGUUCCUUGAUCGCUGGAAGCAGCUCAAUGCCUCGCAGUACCCAGGACUCAGCAGAGCGAAGCCGUCACCGUACGCCCUCUCAUCACAUGAUGCUGUCACCCUCGUUGCAACAGCACUGCACACCCUGCUCUAUCCCCCGCCUGCUGCUUCAAGGCGAACACCUUCCAAGGCACUUCACAAAGGGAAGCAGCAGCAGCCGAUGAAACAGCAGCGAGUGCAGCAGCAACAGCAACCAGGGGGACAGCAGCAAGCAUUCCAGCAGUUGAAUCUGCCUCUGCUCCCCCCACUUCCCAACGGCACCGACGACGCACUUGUCCCAGAAAUCACCCACCUCCGAAGGAGCACAAUCGGCCCCACUCUUUGGGAGGCGCUUCUCAAGACAAGCUUCGUUGGCCUCCAGGGCAGGAUGUCUUUCACGCCGCACGGCGACAUGGCAGUGAACGAGACGCUCAUUCUCAACAUACAGCCAGGGGCGCCAGUGGAAGUGGGCCGCUGGUCCUCCACCCAAGGCCUUAUCCCAAACCUCCGAACCUCUUCAGCUCCAACGGCCUCUCGCACAGGCUCGGGCGCACCCGCGGGUCCAGGCCCGGUCGCAAGCCCGACCCCAGGCCCAGUCACCGGCUCGAGUGGACAGGCGUUGAAUGACCUUCCUAUUAUCUUUCCUGGCGGGCUCACACAGGUCCCAACAGGAUCAUUUCCCAAGACGCGGGUUCGGAUUGCUGUGCCCAAUAAGCAGCAAUACAAGGAGUAUGUGAACGUGUCGGAUGCUUUCGGGGAGGGCAACGCCCGCUUCUCAGGCUACUGCGUGGAGCUCUUCCGCCUGGCGGUUACGCGGUUACCCUACGAGCUGGACUACGACUUUGUGCUGUACGGGGACGAGUCCCUCAGCUACACGCAGAUGGUGCUGGCUGUGGCCAAUAAGACAUACGAUGUGGCAGUGGGGGACAUCACAGUGCUUGACUCCAGGAGCAAAGUCGUCUACUUCACCCACCCCAUUCAACAAUCAGGGCUGGGCGUGAUCGGCUACUCGCGCCCCUACACCAACCCCUGGCUGGCCUUUGACCCCUUCACGCCUGCCAUGUGGGCCGUCACUGCAGCCCUGUGUGUGUUCACAGGCCUUGUUGCAGUGCUUCUAGACGGACACGUGACACCGGCAUUCCAGGGCAAGCUGCACACGCGGAUGCUGACAGCCGUGUGGUAUGGCUGGGUCACAUUCUACAACAUUCCUGUGUACCACAUCCGCUCAACGCUCGCACGGAUAGUGGUGUCGCUCUGGCUGCUGCUCUCCUUCAUUAUAGCCACAUCCUACACUGCCAGCCUCACCUCCAUCCUCACACAGCAGAAGCUCGUCCCGCAAAUCCUUGACAUCUAUUCAGCGCUCACCAGCAAUUCACCCAUUGGCUACCAGCAGGGCUCCUUUGUGCACGCCUAUCUGUUACAGCUGGGUGUUGCUCCGGACAAGCUGAUAUCCCUGGCUGGGGAGAGCGAGUUCUCCUCCUCUCUCUCAUCGGGCCGAGUCACAGUGAUUGUCGACGAGGACCCCUACCUCAACCUCCUCGCUGCUGCCUUCUGCGAUGUGGCUCAGGCGCCUCAGCCCUUCUCCGUUCUCAACCUCGCCUUCGCCUUCCCCAAGGGCUCCCAGCUGGGAGUGGACAUCUCGCAGGCCAUCAUCGAUCUUCAGAUGCUGGGCGAGCUGGAGCGGCUCAAGACGCAGUACCUGCAGAAGGACAGCAUCUGCAGCGACGACCAAUCUAACUCUGCAGUGUUUGCUCAGCUCGAUGCUCAGAAGUUCUCUGCCCUUUUCAUUCUCUAUGCUGCCGUCUCUGUCCUCUGCUGCACCGGCUAUGUCGCUCUCCUCAUCCACCGCGGUUACCGUUACAUCCAGGAAACACACGGGCACCAAGAUCUCCAGCAGUGGCACAUGGAGCAGCAGGAGGGUGAGCUGUGGUAUGGCCAGGAGCACCAGGAGCACCAGGAGCGGUGCUCUGACAACAACACACGCCAUCCAGACCUUGCCAGGGAUCCUUAUGCUUACUACAGACGGGACAACGACGACGGCGGCGAAAACAAUAUUGACAAUUAUGCUGAUGAGGAGGGGGAGGAGGAUGACAAUGGUAGGGCUGGUGUGAGGGGCAGGGGAGAUGCUUUAGUGUGCUCGCUGCGUGCUGGCUCCUCUUAUAACGGCCUUUCAUGCGGGCUCGGCUCUUGGGACGCUGCAGCCUCACCAGCUGGCAGUUAUGGCAGCAGCAGCAAACCCCUCCUCUUUAGCAGUGGCAGCAGAUGCAUCAGCAGCGGCUUUGCGUUUGGUGCUGGGGUCGCGAGCACCAGCCACAGCACUGCCACCAGGAACGCCGCCGCCAGUUGCAUUCCUUUCCUCCACCCAUCUGCCACAUCUGCCGCAUCCAGUCCAGCUGACCUGAUCCCCGGUGCCAGCUUGCCGUACCAAGGGGGGUCGCGACAUGGAGGCCUGGGGGGGUCAAGGCAGGGGAGCAAGCAGCUGGCGGUUUUAGAUGCCCUGCUUGAGGAAGACGGGGAGGAGGGGGGGUCCGCUACUGCUGUAGUUGAGUCUGGUGCGGUGCUUGCUUCUAGCUCUGGUACUGCUGCUUCUUCUAGCUCGGGUGCUGCUGCUGCUUCGGAUGCUGUUACUGCUACUGGUAGUUCAUUUAGUCGGGCCAAUUCUUUGGUUCCCAUCUCAAUCGAGAAUCCAGCAGCACUGGCAGCAACAGCAGCAGUAGCAGUAGCAACAGCCACAGCAUCAGCACCAGCACCAGCACCAGCACCAGCACCAGCACCAGCACCAGCACCACCACCAGCACCAGCAGCAGCAGCAGCAGCAGCAGCAGCAGCAGCAGCAGCAGCAGCAGGAGCAGCAGCAGCAGCAGCAGCAGCGCCAGCACCAGCACCAGCGCCAGCGCCAGCAGCAGCAGCAUCAGCAGCAGCAGCCGCACCAGCACCAGCACCAGCACCAGCGCCAGCAGCAGCAGCAGCAGCAACAGCAGCACCAGCACCAGCAUCGGCACCAGGAUUUGCAGAAGCAGCAGACACAACAGCAGAAGCAGCUGCAAUUGAAGCAAAUCGAUCAGUCACUUCCGGAGUCACGUUUGCCGCCGCUCCUGCUGCUGAUAGUGCUGCAACUGCUAACACCACUGCCACUCCUGCCACUGCUGCUACCCCUGCCACCCCUGCCACCACAGUCGCUGCUGCUACCCCUGCCACCCCUGCCAUCCCUGCCACCCCUGCCACCCCUGUCACCCCUGCCACCCCUGCCACCCCUGCCACCCCUGCCAUCCCUGCCACCCCUGCCACCCCUGCCACCCCUGCCACCCCUGCCACCCCUGCUACUGCUGCCAGCACUGCCGCUGCUACUACCCCUGCUACCGCAGCAGCCAAAGCAGUGGUGAACAGAGCAGCAGACCAGGUGUCAACUAAGAUUCUAUCCUCCGUGGGUGCAUCGCUCGACAUGGCUGCCAAUGUGCAACCAAGAGCAGCAUUCCCUAAAGCAGCCUAUGCUGCCAACAGCACUAACAACAGCAGUACUAGUGUUACUAACUUGUUUCCGAAAGUUAAAGGUUUGGCCAGUGUGGGUAGUGUGACUGCCAUGGUCCCGAAAGUGGGGGGUAUUGCAAGUGUGGCAAGUGUGGCUAACGUGUCUAACGUUCUACCCGGCAUGGCAGCUGUACAUAGGAUCAUUGAGACGUCCCAGGAGGGUGUGGUUACCAUGCAACGGACCAUGGACGAUUUAAUGGAUAAAUUCAACAAGGGCCUGGAGUGGAGUCGGGAGAAGCAUCUGGAUCCGGAAAACAUCCGACGGCAGACAGGCUAUUCCGCAGCAUCCAUCCUCCCGGACUUCUUCCCUUCCCCAAGCAACCCCUCGAGGAAACGCAGCAGCACUGUCACACGUCCCUCCACCUCUUCUGGCGCCUUUCUCCGUGCCUCCAGUGCUGGCGAUGCCCUCGCUUCUCCCGCCUCUGCCUCUUCUUCCAAUCUCAGCGGUUCAAGUCUAAUCAGAGCGCCCCAUGUCGCACGUCCCUCCACUGCCUCUGGCCCCUUUCACCGUGCUUCUAGUGCGGGCAAUCCUCGCGCUUCUCCUGCCUCUGCCGCUCCUUCCAAACAAGUCAAUGGUCCGAAUCUCCGCAGGGCUUCCCCUGUCACACGUCCCUCCACUGCUUCGGGCUCCUUCCACCGUGCCUCUAGCGCUGGCGAUUCUCUCACUCCUCCCGCCUCUGCAUCUCCUUCCAGUCAGGUUUAUUUCUCAGGUCACCACACAGCUGACCCUCUUCCUGCUCGGCCCUCCACUGCUUCUGGUCCCUUUCACCGUGCUUACAGUGCUGAUGAUAGCCUUGCUGCUGGUGAUAGCAGUGCUGAUGAUAGCCUAGCAGGUGAUAUGCACAGUGCCCCUUGGUUUCACCGGGCGGCGAGUGCAGGUGAUAGUUGCACUGGUGGUAGUUUUGCCAGCUCUGAUGCAGCAGCAGCAGCAGCAGCAGCAGCAAGUGCUGCAGCAUCAUCACUGGUGCUAGAUCUGGAUGUGCUCGACAGAGCAAGGCUGGCAAGUGCCACUUUGCCAUCUUCGUCGUCAUUGCCUUCAGCAGCCGGCCCAUCAGUAGCAGCAUGUGGGGUUGGGGUAUCGCCAGGAGCAGCCGAAUCAGAUGUGCAGGAAGCAGCGCAGCUAAGGCCGCCUAAGAGGAGAAGUAUGGAACACCAGUUCGACUCCUCCUCAGUACACUCCUCACCACUGACAUUCAAUCGAUCCUUGUCUCAGCAACAGCAGAAGCAGCAGCAGCAGCAAUAUCAAUCGCAGCAGCUGCUGCUGCGGGAACAGCUCCCGCCUAAAGCAUCAUACGCACGGCUCAACUCCCCUCUCAAAGGUUCUCCGGUGCAGCAACGGCAGAGACUCCCGAGUGACAGGCCACGCAAGACUGUCCAUAGCCGGAGCGCGUCGUACGACAUCACACAGAGGACUGGAUCGAGCUUCGAGGGGGGAUUCGGAAGGAGGUUGGUGAACCUAGACGAUGUUUUGUCACCAGCGUCAUCUACGUUCGAUGCCGAUGUGAACAGCAGGAUCGACGAAGGAGAUCUCAAACGGGUUCGCGCAUUUCGUCUCUCGAAACCAUAUUGCCCUGAUUCCUGAAUCUUCCGAGUCGACGCAAGAAUCAAUAUCUACAACUAAUGUUAUGCAAACAGCCAGCCUGGUGAUGAUGACACAGGCCUCAGGUCAGGCGUGUCCAUCAUUUUUUUCUCAACGCGACAUCACCCUAAUUCCCCAGUGAUCUCAGAAGUCUAGAAUUUGUCUGCCGACGGGCUUGGCAUGGCAGGGCAUAUAUUGAGAGGUCCGACAGAAGUGCAAGGAUGGGGCUGAGUGGGCGAGUGGUUGAGCAAGCAGGCAAGCGGAGCGAGGGAUACAACAUUUGUUUGUGUAAGGAAUUAGUAAUUCCUUACUGAGGCUUGCUACAGGGCGUACGACUCGAACAGUCCCGAACCAGCAAUAGGGUUCCAGACCUUUCAGUUCGAGCCUCCUGGGCCUUUCUCUUAGAACUGAGAGAAUUGAAUUAGCAAGAGAGAGUACCUAAGUGUUGUACCCUCUAAGAGGCAACCCUAUACAGUCUAUACAAACAUUAGAGAUGCACAUGUUUGACAUGUUGUGAUAUAAU